AUGGAUCAAACGGGUCUCGUUGAUGUCGUGCUGGUGCAAAUCUGGGCUGCUCGCAUCCUGAUCCGGAUUGGUGAGAAGAACCAGUUCUGGACUAUAUUCGGGGGUGAGCAUAUUCGGGAGUCCCUCAUGAUUCUGCUCCGGUACACGCCACGUUAUGCAGACCGUGGUCGUGUGGCCAUCAUAACUCUAAUCGACACGCUGACGUCACUGCGACAUCAUGUGGGUCAAGGCUGGGGGUGGUGGCAGGAUAUUUACUAUGUCCAAACUGGCCUACCUGCAACGCCUGAAGGCUUCUCGUGUGAAAGGCUCAUGUUGCGAGACAAUCCCAAACGGCUUCAUGUGUACCUGAAGCAAGGCUGGGCAGCUUUUCAGAAGCAGCUAGAUGUGAUCAACCGCAGCGAUGGAGUGGAGAUUGAUGCCAUGGUGGAUGACAUAUCCUGUGUCUUUCAAGAUGCAAUAUGUGUAGCCUCACUUUUGAGUCCCAAGGGCCCUCCGAACAAAUGUGAACGGGUCUCUGAGCUUGAGACAAUGGACUAA